AUGUCCGCGGUGUUGGGCCAUCUGGGUGACGACGACGACCGUGACGCAGUCGACGAGUGUGCGAUUGCCCACCACGACGAUGCACAAGACAAACAAGCUAUUGAAUUCGACGCCCAGUUCCCCGAAGAGUCUAUGGACGUGUGGGACUCCGACCUCUUCAUCAUGUCCCAGCACACGGCGACGCGAAGCUGGCACGACCGCGGUGUCUCUGGGGUGACGACUCCCGGGGGUUGUGGGAUGCGGCGCUCGAUUCCAGUCCCGCCGUCCCUUCUUCGUGGCAUGAAGAAAAAACAAAGAGCUAACGAAGCGAUCGACGACUACAAGCGGCAGUGGGAAGCCGCGCGUCAGGCGAUUCUACUCGAGCUGGCCCCUUCCCCUUCAAUGCCCGUUUCUGUGCCGGUGGUCGUCCCCGAGAUCAGUGUGACUGUAGGACAACAAGUCGACUCCCAGUUCCCUGCUGCAACGACCAUCGGCAUUGGCUUUGGUGGUGUCGACCUCCCAUGCGGUACAGCCUCGUCCCACAACGCUGUCAUUUCUACGGAAACCAACAAGUGUCAGCACGCCGUCCAAGUUGCUGUCGCCGCGGACGGCCUCGACACGUUCGACCACAAAAUCAUCCUCGUCGUCGGAAGGUGAAAUUACGUGCAUUGUGGACGUGAAUGAGGAUUGGCUAGAACUUGAAACGGACAUGCAAUGUAGCCAAUCCAUGUGCAGACUCUAUUUUAGGAGCAUGU